AACCCCUCAGCCGCCGGUUCCUGGUGGCCAUGAAGAGGCAGAACGUGCGGACGCUGUCCCUGAUCGUCUGCACGUUCACCUAUCUGCUGGUCGGGGCCGCGGUGUUUGACGCGCUCGAGUCGGACUUCGAGAUGCGGGAGAAGGAGCAGCUGGAGGCUGAGGAGAAGCGCCUCCAGGGCAAGUACAACAUCAGUGAGGAUGACUAUAAAAAGCUGGAGACCAUCAUCAUGGAGGCCGAGCCGCACAGAGCAGGGGUCCAGUGGAAAUUUGCAGGGUCCUUUUACUUUGCCAUCACUGUCAUAACCACUAUAGGUUAUGGCCACGCGGCUCCAGGAACAGAUGCUGGAAAGGCGUUCUGCAUGUUUUACGCGGUGCUUGGGAUCCCUCUGACGCUGGUGAUGUUCCAAAGCCUUGGCGAGAGGAUGAACACCUUUGUGAAGUACAUGCUGAAGCGCAUCAAAAAGUGCUGUGGGAUGCGCAUCACGGAAGUCUCCAUGGAGAACAUGGUGACCGUGGGCUUCUUCUCCUGCAUGGGAACGCUCUGCAUCGGCGCGGCAGCUUUCUCCCACUACGAGGACUGGAGUUUCUUUCAGUCCUAUUACUAUUGUUUCAUAACGCUCACUACCAUUGGGUUCGGGGACUUUGUGGCCCUGCAGAACAACAAAGCUUUGCAGAGAAAGCCCCUCUAUGUGGCGUUCAGCUUCAUGUACAUCCUAGUGGGACUGACGGUCAUCGGGGCCUUUCUCAACCUGGUUGUCCUUCGUUUCCUGACCAUGAACAGCGAGGACGAGCGGCGGGACGCCGAGGAGAGGGCUUCCCUAGCGGGGAACCGCAGUAGCAUGAUCAUCCACAUCCAGGAGGACACGCUGCAGAGGAGUCGACGGAGACGAGAACAGCAGCAGCAGCGCUACAGAUCCGAGGUCACCGAUCUCCAGUCCGUUUGCUCCUGCAUGCAUUACCAUUCGCACGAGUUCGGGAGCUCGGUCGGCCUCGGGUUGGGAAUGGGAGGAGGAAGCGGUGGCGGCGCACUUCUGCACCAGAACUCGUUCGGCUCCCAGUUGAGCCCUCAUCAGUACCAUCACUACCACUCGACGGUGUCUUACCGCAUAGAGGAGAUCUCGCCGAGCACUCUGAAAAACAGCUUCCUUCCCUCCCCCAUCAGCUCCGUCUCGCCCGGGCUGCACAGCUUCACGGAAAACCUCCAGCUGAUGAGACGACGCAAGUCCAUCUGAGAACCGACGGCAACCACUGAACACACAUAUCCAAUGCUGCUGCUCUACCAAACCUCAUUUACGUCACUUUUCUCGUCAUUAUCUGGCUGAUGUCGGACCAGCAGGAAAUUUGAUCGCUCGGUGGA